AUUUCCUCAAUUACAAUUCAUACCUCCAUCGUUUACCCCGAAAAACCAUACGAGAUGGUUGUUCACUCGUUCAACAACCGUGUUCUGGAUGAGCUUUGCUCGAAAGAUCAGCUAGAUCUUUUAGACUCAGUGGACCGUCUCCGCUCCCAGGGCAUCGAUCAUUACGUUUCUCUACCCCAAAUUAUCGUUUGUGGCGAUCAAUCCUCCGGCAAAAGUUCUGUACUCGAAGCCAUCUCAGGUGUCUCCUUCCCAGUCAAGAGCAACUUGUGCACUCGUUUUCCAACUGAAUUGGUGCUCCGAAAGACAUCACACGUAGGUGUUAUUGUCUCCAUUGUUCCGGACCAUUCUCACAAUGAAGCGGAGCGAAUCUCUCUCAACAACUUCCGUGAAACGCUUGACGGUUUCCACGCACUCCCAGAAUUGAUCGAUAACGCUAAAAGAGCAAUGGCUAUCGGAAGUUUUGGUCGCGCAUUUUCCAAGGAUCUCUUACGCAUCGAAAUCUCUGGUCCCGAUCGCCCUCAUCUCACGAUCGUUGACCUGCCUGGUCUAAUUCACUCUGAGACCAAACAGCAGUCCAUGGCCGAUGUUGAGUUGGUGCAGGAUGUAGUCAAGUCAUACAUGAAGGAACCUAGGAGUAUCAUCCUUGCCGUUGUCUCCGCGAAGAAUGAUUACGCCAAUCAGAUUGUGCUGAAGCUAGCUCGAUCUGCUGAUAAAACCGGAAUGCGUACGCUUGGAGUAAUCACAAAGCCUGACACUUUGAUCCCAGGCUCAGACAGUGAACACAUGUAUGUGUCUCUCGCUCAGAACCUUGACGUGGAGUUCCGUCUUGGGUGGCACAUUCUAAGAAACAUGGACUCUGAGACUGGAGCGUGGUCACUUCCUAAACGCGAUGGAGAGGAGAGACGAUUUUUCACGGAGGGCAUCUGGCGCACGCUCCCCGAGUCGAUCCUUGGCAUCGCGACUUUGAGAGAGCGAUUGAGUAGACUCCUCCUUGGCCAAAUCGCUGCGGAGCUUCCAGGACUUAUCGAAGAAAUUGAACUCAAGUCCAUCGCUUGCCGUACUCAGCUACAAAAGCUCGGCCUACCUCGAGCCAGCAUUGAGGAGCAACGCCAUUACCUACUCACCCUUAGCCAGACGUUCCAGUCUCUAAGCAAGGCUGCCACAGAUGGAACAUACAACAAUGACUUCUUCGGUGAAGCUAAAGCUGACAUUGGCUACCAGAAGCGCAUUCGCGCCGUUGUACAGAACCUCAAUCAGUCUUUUGCCGAAAUCAUGACGCGUGAAGGGCACCACUAUGCGAUCACCGACUACUCCGAUGAAGAUUCAGCGCCAGCCUACAACCCGAAAGUAAAGCAGUACACGCGAGUGCAAGUACUUGACCGUAUCGAAACCCUUAUGAAGCGCACUCGUGGCUGUGAGCUCCCCGGCACGUUUAAUCCGAUGAUUAUAUCGGAUCUUUUCCUCGAGCAAUCGUGUGCAUGGCAAGCGCUCGCUACAAGCCACAUUGAUCAAGUAGCGCAGGCGGUGACAAAAUUCCUGCAGCACCUCAUCUCACACAUUGCAGAUGCCUCCACCAGUGGCGUGCUGUUCCAGACCUUGGUCGAACCCGCGCUGGAGAGCGUCGUCAAGGAUGCAAAGCGCAAGACUACAGAUCUGCUCGCACCACACAAGUAUGGACAUCCGAUUACAUAUAACCACUACUUCACCGAGACCGUGCAGCAAGUCAAGAGAGAAAGGAGUAGAGUUGAGCUUACGCGUCUCAUAAAGAAGGUGUUUGGCGUGAAUUCGCUUGGUCCAUCCGCGCGAGAGGAGUACGCUAUCCGGGAUUACCACCCCUUGCUGAGUGCACUCAUGGAGCACAGUAACCCCGACAUGAACCAGUACGCAUGUUCUGAGGCUUUGGAUUGCAUGCAAGCUUACUACAAGGUCGCUUUCAAGCGCUUCGUUGACGACAUCGCCGUCGAGGCCAUCGAAACAAACCUCGUCGCCAAACUCAGCGACAUUUUUUCACCGAUCAAAGUCACAUAUCUCGCCGCUGAUGUCGUGACGAGUAUCGCAGGUGAAUCUGAGCAGAGCCGCCGCAAGCGCAAGCAGUUGACGAACCAGCUGGAUGUGCUGGUUCAGGGAUUGGAAACUUGCAAGAAAUUUGUUGUGGGUAACCUACACGAGACUGAUGGUCUGUCCGUGGUAGGCACUCGCGAUGUAGCGAUUCGAUCAGCAAGAUCAGAGUGCCAAGGUUUGUCGUCUCUCUCUCAUGGCACUGAGUUGGACGAGGCCGAUGGAAAUGGUUCACAAGACGAAGUUGUGUCCGCCGCCACAGCACCAGGAACAGAGGCAGCGCCGACACCUGAUGAAGAGGUAACUGCCGUUGACGAUUGGCAUCUUGAAGUGGUAACAGCAAAGAAAAAGAAAUCGAAGAAAGCGAUGAAAGCACUUUCCGAAAAUUGAAACUGCUUAUCAAAAUAG